UCUCCGUUCAUCCUAUCUUGGCUGCUUCCUGUGACCGGCCUUCUCGUCUCCAACUGACUGAUGAUGCCCAUGGUCGCCGCCGGCGAUAAAGGCAGCCAUGGAGCUUCUUCCACCUGCAGCAUGUGCAGGCAGCUGACCAAACUCUUUCCUCUCCACCUGGUCAUCGUCCUUCUCCUCGGCGUCGCCACCAACGGUCGGCCGGAGGCGGCUGCGGCGAGGUCGUUCAUCUUCCACAACGCGUGCGCGCACCCGGUGUGGGUGGGCGCUCUCAACGGCGCCACAUCGCCGCGGCUCGCCCGCACCGGCUUCUACCUCGCCUCCGGCGCCACGGACGCCGUCGCCGCCCCGUCCUCCGGCGCCUGGUCCGGCAACUUCUGGGCGCGCACCGGCUGCGCCGUCGACGCCUCCACGGGCCGCCUCGCCUGCGCCACCGCCGACUGUGGCACCGGCGAUGUCGCCUGCGCCGGCCGCGGGCCCGCCCCGCCCGUCACGCUCGCUGAGAUCACCCUCGCCGCCCCGGGCGGAGGAGGCCAGGACUUCUACGACGUCAGCCUCGUCGACGGCUUCAACCUGCCCCUCUCCAUCGCGCCCGACAACAAUGGGGACGGCGGUGCCUGCCGCGCCGCGGCGUGCGCGGGCGACGUGAACGCGGUCUGCCCGUCGGACCUGCGCGUGGUGUCCGGCUCCGGCGAGGUGGUGGCGUGCAAGAGCGCGUGCAACGCCUACGGCAGCGCGCGCUACUGCUGCACUGGCGACUACGGCACGCCGGCGAAGUGCGGGCCCACGAACUACUCGCGGGUAUUCAAGGCCGCCUGCCCGGCCGCCUACAGCUACGCCUACGACGACGCCAGCUCCACCUUCACCUGCGCCGGCGCCGCCAGCUACCACAUCACCUUCUGUCCCGUCACCUGAUUAAUGGCACACCCAAUUCGUUCAUUAACUAUACAGUAAAAAUUACUCUAUCACACGAAGUUUAUUUUCUUCAUUGAGAAAAAAGUAUACAAAGUAGAAAAAGGAAGUAUAAAUAUGCAAUUUUUUCUUCUUUGGUGCAAGAAUGCGUACAACGGAGAUUUAUUUCCUUAGAGCAACACCAAUAGCUCCUGUCAAAAACUUUUCAUAAAAGUCAUUUUGGGAUGAUCGUAUAAUUUAGGAGAAAUACAACUACAUUUCACAGUUCCUGUAAACUUAUUUUUCGUAAAUCAAUUUUAGCCCCUAUCUCAUAAUCUGAUCAUCGUGGCCCACUUGCCAGUGACCCAACGACAAAAGAACAGCGACAAGCGCGCGUGGUAUAGGGGUGCUGCCGACGAACAUGUGCUCACCUUCGGCCAUAUCCCGUCGUGCGGGUGCGGGCGCUCGGACGCCCGCAGCAAACCACGUUGAAUAGUGUUGGUGGCAAUGUCGGGGUUAAAAUCGACGAUGCCGAGUGGCGACGGUCCGAGCGUCGUGCCGCAAGGGAGGUAACAGGAGGACGCAUCAGUCGUCUUGGACGUGUCUAGAAGGUCAGAUUUGUAGCGGUGGAGACGAGGAAGCGGGCAACAGAGGUUGGGGCUUGCCGGCAGCGACCAUCUUUGACAACGGCAGUGCGGCCUCGCAGUGGCGGCGGUGCUAGGAUAUCCGAGUGUGAAAGUUCAUGCGGUUUUAGCCCGCCAAAAUUACACGGAAAGAUUAUCUUUUCAUCAAUGUGAGGAAAGUUGAGGGGCUAUUACACAUG